AUGGAUGAAGAUUCGAUGUACUACGACGAUGAGAAUGGAACAAGUUGCGAAUAUCUGGGGACAGAGUUCAUUGAAGGAAAAAUAUACUUAAUAGGAGUUUUUGCAACGAUGAUUGCCAUCUUAUCCAUAGUCUUCAACACCUUCUUCACCAUUGUGUUCUUAAGCAACAGAUCCAUAAGAAAAUCUUCUGUAUUUUAUUUUGGAAUUCUAGCUGUUCUGGAUACUAUUAUGGCUUUUAACUAUUUGGCUGUUAUGUCGCUCCCGGUUUACAUGGAUUAUUAUCAAUAUGUACCUGUUUAUCACGUCUUUUUGUCGUAUUUUCGAUUAAUACUGACGGAAUCUAAUUGGGCUAUAUUCUCAUCUAUGCUUCUGAUUCUCCUCGCAACAACAGAAAGAUUACUCCGAACAUUUGAUGGAGAGAAAGUUCUUAAACUGCGACGUUUUCUGGAACGUCAUCGCCCUUCCGUUAGUCUACUUUGCAUUUUGAUUGCCGUUCCAUAUAAAGCGUGUGUGUAUUGGGAAAUAUCAGUUAGUUACAAGCCACAUUGUGAAAGCGAAUUUAGUAAAUAUGAGAUAGUUGCUGGACCGUUCGCUCUGAUCCCAGAGUAUAACUUCUGGUGGAUGUUCAUUACUCGCAAUGUAGUCGAUCGCAUUCUGCCAUUUUUCCUUUUGGUUGCAAUGAAUUAUACCAUCUUCAUGACCCUUAAGAAAGAUUACAAAAGAAGUGAUGGCAAAAGCAGCAUCCAUGAAAAGAAUGGGAUAUCUCUUGCUACAAACAGAAGAAGCCUAAGGGACGCAACCAGAGCCCUCAUAAGCAUCGUUUCCAUGUAUUUAAUGUCCCAAUUUCCGCAGGUCUUACUCACAUUCUGGGAGACAUUUGAUAAGGAAAGCCUGGUUCAGCUCAAUGAAUUCUACUCAUACCUCAAUGACAUUCUCAGUAUUUUGACAUUACUCUCAAGUUGCCUUCGUUUCCCCGUUUACUGCUCGUGUAAUCACCUGAUUUAUACAUCAUCCAAGGAUACUUUGUCAGAAAUUUCCCGAAUGUUUCUCCAAGAAGACAAAACAACAAAAGUUUAUGAGCCGAUCUCAUCAACGGAGAAGAAUUGCUCCUCCAUUAUUGAUAAAAACACUCAAUCCUCUGAGAGUGAGCUGACUAAAGUUCCCGGUGUUAUUUACAACGACAAGCUUAAUGAAUGGCAGUUAUGA